AUGCUCAAAAUUUCAUUUCUUUUUUUGCUUUGUGGAUUUUCAGUCUUUGGUUAGGAUAAAGCUAUUCCGAAUGUGUAUUGUGCAUGCUAAUAGAUUAUGAGCUAAGUAGAAUGUAAUAAUUGGAAUUGCUAAUGGAUAAGUACGACAUCAUAGGCGGGCUAUUGUGGAAAAGUGAAAUGUGAAUAAUUAAAUUAAUAGCAAUGUCAAAAUUCACAACAUCUAUGUUACUACUAAGAAUCUAGUUAAUAAAUUAAUUGCUUUCCUUUUGAUACUUGCGAACACAUAACAUUAAAAAGUGGAUAAUCAUGCUAAGGAGCUAAUUCAAAGUGUGUAUAAUCAAAUAUAGAUAAUAAAUGUAUUAACUCAGGAGAUUAUUGCCAAGGAUUAUCAUAAAGUUAAUGCACAGCCAUGUAGGAUACAUAGGAUAUAUAUACUUUGACAACUGAAGGAAUGUGCUUUUGGAGUGUAUCAUCUUGUAAGGUUGUGAGUCAAUGCGCAGAAAUUUAAUAUGAAAGUAUAUGUAAUAAAAAAUGGUUAAAUUACGCUUGCUAUUGGUCUGGUACAAGUUGUGUAAGUUAAAAAUGUUCAUAAUUUACAUCUUAAAAUACAUGUAGAUUUGUUCAAACAACUCCUUUGAGUGGUGCUUUAACUCAGCCAUGCUUUUGGAAUGGUCAGACUUGCACAAAUGGAACAGCUGAUCAAUUAACUGAAUACACUUGUGCUUCUAAUACCAAUUAUCAUUAUAGGUGGGUACCAAUUGAACCAUUAUUUGGUAUUUGUGCAUAAUGUAAUCUAAAUUAAUAUCAUUUUCCUAAUGAUUGUGAUUGUACUCAACUACUCUUGUAAUCCGAAUGCAAUAAUUCACCAAAUUGUAAAUGGGCCAAUGAUUAAUGCAUCAAAUUAUAAUGCUCAGAGUAUUUAUCAUAAUAAAAAUGUGCAUAAAUUUAGGGAUGCUUUUGGAAUGCACUUAUAAUUCCUUCUCUAUGUCAACCAUAUGAUAAUUGCGAGGAAAUAUUAGAAAAGAAUUACUCUACCUGUAUUGCAUCCUCCAUUUAUUGCCCAGGUUCCAAAGAUGGUCAUUGUUUAUCUUAAUCAGGCUUAAGUACAUGUUCAGAGCUCUUCAACAACAAACCUAUCUAACCUAGCAUUUGCUAUAAUUCUAUAGGGAAGGAUGGAUAUUGUACAUAUUCAAAUUCCGCUUGCUAGAGUGUUUCAUAGUGUAGUGAUUUUUAGACAUUUGAGUUAUGUAAUUAAUUUUAUAGAACUUGUAUUUGGUAAAAAUAAGUGUGUUAAAUUAAAAAAUGCGAAGAUUAUUACACUCAAAGUAGUUGCUCUUAUGUUUAUAGUUCCAUUAAUGAAGCUAAUAUCAACAUUUGUGCUUGGAAUUAAGACACAAAAAAGUGCAAUAUCUUUUAUAAUUCAAUAAAUUAUGAUAUAAAUUCAUGCUACAUAUAAUCUGGAAGAACUCAUCAUUGGAGUCAACCACGAAGUACUAUCUAAAAGGGGUUUUGUUUACCGUGUAAAUUUUCACAUCUUUUAAAUGUCAAAUCUAAGUGUGAAUGCCAAGACUUUAGUCAGUAGAUUGAAUGCAUAUAAUCCUUCCCUAAUUGUUAUUGGGAUUAUAAGACAAGCACAUGUCAAAUUCAGAAUUGUAGCUUAUUAACAAUUCAAGGUUCUUGUAUAUUGAACAAAAAUUGCUAUUGGAAUCAAACAACAUAAAAUUGUACAGGCUAAAGUGUCUCCAAUUCAACUUAAUCAUUUUGUUCAUCCUUAUUGGGAAAUACAUAACAAGAAUGCUUAAGCCAAUCGAUUCUUUGUGCUGGAUCGACUAAAACAGGCUAAUGUUAAUCAUCCUUAUAAUAGUGCAAUGAUUAUUAAGAAUAUUAUUAAUGUUUUGGUUCUUUAGGUGCUGAUGGUUUGUGUUAGUGGAAUCAAAAUUCUUCCAGUUGUUCAGGUGCUAGCGAUUGUAAAAAGAUAUUAAACUCAACCUUAUGCAAUACUAUGUUACGCACUUGUUAUUGGGAUUCUGGCACAUGCUAUACGUUUAAUUGCACUACUCUAUACAAUUUAACCUCUAGUUGUGAUUACUAUCUUAAUUAACCUAAUUAAAAUUAUGAAGCCUAAUUUUGUAACUUAAACGGAAAUGUAUGUGAUAAAACUACAGACCUUAAUACUCGAACUUCACAAAACUGCUAUAAUUCCACUGGAGGAAUCGCUAGAUGGGAUAACAAUAUUGGAUGUGGAUAAUGCUACGGUUAAUUAAUCAGUACAAUUAUUAUCAUCUUGAUUUCCAUAUUAUGA